AUGGUUCCAGAGUGCCGUCAUAUCUCUGGUACUCUCAUCAGCACAUCAGCCAUACACUGGCCUCCCCGCGGCGUCAACGGCCCACUCAUGAACGACACCGGGAUCGUCCAGUCUCCACCUGCGGAACACCCCUACGCCAUGAACGGGGAAUCUUUUGUCGUGGAGCAAAUCAGCGUCUACGGCGGCGCUCGUGGUUUUGGCUCGCGGCGCCAAGGGCAAAGAGUAGACCGUCUUGAUCCGCAGGAAAGAUAG